AUAGAUUUCAUCAAUUAUGUUAACAGUAGUAAUUAAUAUAUAAACUGAUAUUGAAUAAAGAAAAAGAAAGUAAAUAUGUCUUACGUAGAACAUGGACCUCGAAUUUUUUUAACUAGUAAACAUAACUCUGGAACACCUUUGAUAUAUGGUGAUUAUGUUUUACCGAAAAAACGUUUAGAAGGUCGAUUAAAAUUACAUGAUUCUUGUUCGGAUAUUAGAGCUUGGAGUCCGAAUUCUUUAGAAAAUUCACGUUAUUUUCGUGAACUCAAUGAACAUGAUUCAUCAAUAGGAAAAAUAAUACCAUUUAAUGUAGUCAUUGAUAAUAUUAUUCAACUCAAUUCAGAAACUCAAAAUAAACUUCAAGCAGUUAAAAGAGAACUUAACAAAUAUAAGAGUCUUAGACUUACUCCUGAACAAGAAGAAGAAUUAAGAAAUUUAGAUUAUAUUUCAAAAGUAAAAACUUCGUCACAAAAAAACAAUUAUACAACAGGAUUAUUAAAGGAUGCAUUUUUUAAUAUGAGUAAAUCAGGUCCUGUGAUUCAUUCAAAUUCAUAUUUAUCAAUUCAUAUACCUUGUGAGAGAAAUUUACAAAAUAAACAAAAUGCAUCAACUAUAACAAAUCAUAAUCAAUUAUAUUCUUUAACAGCAUUUGAUUCAUCUUUGAAAAAUUAUAAUUUAAUAUCAUCAUGUAGAUCUAUUUUGAAAUCAUUUCCUAUUUCAGAAUACAGUGAAAAGACAUCAUCCUGGAUAGAAUAUGUUGAUGUAGCUUUACAAGUAGAAAAAGAAACACGUGAUGUAGAAGUACAAAUCAGUGAUCAAGUUGAUAAAUAUUUAAAUAAAACUAUAACAGUAUCUACAAUGUCACAAACAUCAUUCACAUCUAAAUCUAGUGACGAGGAUAACAGUGUAGUAGAUCUAGACAAAAGUAGUACACAAACAAAUAAUCAUGAGGAACAAAGUUUUGAAUGUGAUGCAUCUUGUAGUGAUAGCUCACAAGAUAUUGAAAGUCCAACAGAAUCUGAUACUGAAAUAGGGACAGAAUCUGAUUUUGAUCGGCAUAAUAGUAUUCACAAAGGAAUUAUCAUUCAAAAAGAUUCUGAAAUCAUUGUCUUAAAAAAUGAACUCUGUGUAAGAGAUGCUGAAUUAGAAGAAUUACGUGAUAUGAAUAAACAUUUGGAGAUUUUAUUAAAAGAAAAGGAAAGUUUUAUACACACUCAACAAGAGAAUCUUAAAAUAUUACAUGAAAAAUUGUUCAAAUUAGAUCAUGAGCGUAAUUAUGAAAUAGAAGAUUUGAAGCAAAAACUCCAUGGUUAUAAAUGCUUAAUGGAACAACUCAAACAAGAUUUAAAUGAGAAAUGUGAAAGUUGUUAUUUAUAUUCUCAGGAAAUUGAAAAGCUUCAAUUAUGUAUUAAAGAAACAAUAACAUUACGAUUAGAAAAAGAGUCACUUUUAAAAAAAGUACAAGACAUGGAAGAAUUAGCAAAAAAUUAUAAUGAAUCUUUAGAACAAUUAAAAAAUGUAUUAAAAGAAAGAGACGAACUUAAGAAACAAAAUUAUGAGCAGCAUUGUCUAUUAACAGAUCAAGAAGAAAAAUUAAAUCAAUUGUUAAAAGUGAUUAAAGAACUAUCUAUUAAAUAUAAUGAACAAAUGGAAACAAACAAUACAUUGGAGAUUUUAAAAACUGAAAUUCAAAAUAAGGAUAUUAAGAUUUCUCAAUAUCAAGAGCAAUUAGUUUCUAUGAAGCAAGAUAUUAGUGAUUUUUUCAAUAAUAUAAAAUACAUUUUAAACAAUUUAGAAGAGCUUAAUGAUGUUUGUGAAGAAGUUUGUAGUUGUACAAAAUGUAACUUGGAUAUCGGUGAAGAAGCAAAUAAUAUAUUAUACAAUAUAAACAUUAUUAUGACAAGAUUUCAAAGUUACAAAAUAGAAAGAGAGAAUUAUUUACAACAAAUAGGAGAUUUAGAACACUAUAUAAGAAAUAAUAAACAGCAAAAUUAUUCUAAUCAAAAUUUAAAAAAUAUAAUUUGUGAAGAAUUUUUUGAUGAAUCUAAAGAGGAUUCAAAAAAUAUAAGUAAUUUAAGGACAACAUAG